AUGUGCGGUACCCUCGUCGUACAUACCGUGUUGCAGGUCCUCGACGCACACUCUCACCGACUUGCGAAGCGAGCUGCGUCCUUCGACGAGCAUAGCAGCCCUCGGCCCCCGCCCGGGUCGACAGCGGCAGGACAUCUCAGCGCCCACAUGCUUCGCUUCCGUGCACACUCUCCCGCGACCUCGCAAGGGUCCGGCGACGAGGGGGAGCGGAGAGGGACGGCAGUCCUGACAUUCUUAGCACAGGAGGAUCGAGUUGGACGGUGUUGGACUAUGCAGGGUGGACCAGCGCGAGGACGGAGGGUGGCAGGGCUGGUAGACGACGAGUUUUGCAAGGGUCGUCGAGGCAACUUUUCUGUCUUCGCCUCACGAGAGACAGGUCCUUCAGGCUUCUGCAGGCUCUACUCUCGGAAGCACAAGCGGUGUGCGACGAGCGGCACUGCUGCUUGCCCGCUGUCCAGGGUCGAAUUGCUUUCUCCCCUUCCCUUCGCUCUUUCUCUCGCUUCGGGUCAUGUUUGA